AUGAAGCUGAAGAUCAACAAAGCCUGCGAUCUGAGCUCCAUUUCAGUUCUUCCUCCUCAAGCUAGGAGAUCAAACGCAGCGCCCACUGGAACGGAGUCUUCGGUUUUUGGCAAAAGCCAAGCGUCCCAGCUUCGAUCGCAGCAGUCCUUUUCGCAGGGACUAUCGUCUCAGCAUGGAAUGUUCUCUCAGCUCUCACAAAACUCUCUCGACGAAAUAGUGACGAACGAUCAGAGAUUUGGUUCUCAAGAAAAGGAGAGUUCAGUGAAGAAGAUAACUUGCUUGCCCCCUAUCAAUCAUUCACGAGAAGAAAGUCAAAUGUUGAUACCAAGAUCUUCCACUAAUCCAAUGCGCAAAUGGAAUUCAGCUUCCCUUCCAGACCAUGCAUGUCAGAUAAGUGGAGAACUCGAUCACAGGAUUGGAAUGAUGGAAACUUCAUUAAGCAGGUUUGGAAUGAUCUUGGACUCCGUUCAGAGUGACAUCAUGCAAGUUAACAAAGGAACAAAGGAAGUAGCACUAGACAUGGAAAGCAUACGGCAAAAGUUGAUCAUUCAUGAAAACGUGCUGCAGCAAAUGAAUAAGGGACGAGAAGUUAUUCAAACCAGCCUUGAUGGGGGCUUGAAAUGUAUUUUGGAUCAACUCAACCAGGAUAAACAUCGAGAGAGUUUAUUGGAGAUUUUGUCAAUGCUGUCAGCUUUACCAGAGAAGAUUGAAGACUGUGUAGCAAAAUUACAGAACAAUCUACGCGAGAAUUUCACCAAAGAAUUGCAGGCAUGCAAUGGCUUGCAGCAUGAAGAUUACCAAUCAAAAAAGUUCAACUUCCACCAUCCUUCCUUCAAAGUCUUGCAAGAGACUAAAAGAGCCUUGAUUGAUUUUAGUAAGACAGUGCAUCCCAAAAUACAAGCAGCUAGUUUGGUUCCAAAGAUAGAAAUGGGGAGCUGGAACUCCGUAAAACAUAAGCAAGCUACCUCCACAAAUAGAGAUUCCAAUAACGGACACAAACAGAAAAGGGCCUCUCCCAUUGGUCUGGAUAGAGAAUGGAGAGCAAUCGUUGAAUCAGAUGAGGAGAUUGAAGGAGGUUUUUCCUGUUUGCUAGAAGAAAAGGAAAUAGGAAGCUAUUCAAUAGAAGCUGCUAAGGAAGCAAGUGAGCGAAUUCUGAGAAAAGCAAGGAGGAGAAAGAGAAAACACAGUAACCUUAUAAUUUUAAAUUGA